AUGGGCGAGUCAAGGCAAGAACUCCUCGCUUGGUUAAAUGGCCUACUACAACUCAACAUCACCAAGGUAGAGCAAUGUGGGACAGGCGCCGCUCUCUGCCAGUUAUUCGACUCCAUCUUCCUUGAUGUUCCAAUGGGCCGAGUCAAGUUCAAUGUGAAUACAGAGUACGCCUACAUACAGAACUUCAAGAUACUACAGAAUUGUUUCACCAAGCAUGGUAUCGAUCGAACCGUCCCAGUCGAGUCUCUCGUAAAGUGCAAAAUGCAAGACAACCUCGAAUUCCUCCAGUGGUCAAAAAGAUACUGGGAUCAAUACUUUCCUGGUCACGAAUACGACGCUGUGGCGCGGCGCAAAGCCGUCGGCGCACCUGCGCCCGCGCCCGCGCCCGCUGCGGCACCGCCAAGAGCCAGCACGGGGUCAAGCACGACUCGAAAGACGGGAACAACGCCCGUCAACAGACCAGGGCCACGAAGCUCAGGGACCGCUACCAUUGGGUCCGCCGCACUCAAAGUUGAGAACGAUCAACUCAAGGAAGCAAUCAGCGGUCUGGAGAAGGAGAGAGACUUUUACUUUAGUAAAUUGAGAGACAUCGAGCUGCUACUCCAAACUGCUUGCGAACAAGAUCCUUCCCUCGAAAAAGACGAGAACGGGUUGAUCAAGAAUAUCCAGACGAUCCUCUAUAGCACAGAGGAAGGGUUUGAGAUUCCGGAUCUGGAAGCGAACGGCGCCGAGGAGCCAGAGACAUUUUAG